AUGACGAACCUGGUGGAAGGUCUCGGCCAGGUCCGAACUGCGGUGAGAGAAGCCCAGAACUUGGCUCGAGCUGCAAGUCAAGCCGCCAGCCAAGCUGCCACUAGGGUUCAGGUAUCAAGUACGAUCCAACCAACAACUACAACAGCUACGACUACUGGAGCGAGUUCGCAAACGACACCGGCAAUGCUGUUUCGUGGCCGUGAGGUGGCGAAUCAGUCAAUACCAGCUGGAAGCGAGGCAAGUGGACCUCGUGGGAGGAAUUUACGUAAGAUCGAUACAAAACCUCCUGUGUUUGCUGGAGAAAUUGAUGGCAUCAAGUUGAAAAGUUUCGUGUUUCAAUUUGAAUCGUACGCCUGCCAAAAGGGGUAUGAUUUGGUCGAAGAUGACUGUGAUCUCGCCUCAGAACUCAACCAAUGCGUACAAAAGGCUGCCUUAGUCUGGUCCGAACAAAUCAUGACCGACGACACUACCGACAAGCGUUGGAGUGCCCUGAAGCUACAGAUGGCCAUGGAGUUCAUGGAGCCAAACUUCGAAGAGAAAAUUCGGUGCCGAUUGCUUUCCAUCAAGCAAACUGGAGGGUAUUCGGGCUAUGUUGGCAAAUUUCGAGAGCUCCAUCGCCUGGUCCAGGUUGACCCACUUACGGCAAUGAACUUAGAGAUUUUGCGUAAGAAGCCCAAAGAUUUGAGCUCAGCAAUUGCCGAGGGGUUUGUCGAGUGGGAUAUCCGCGAAAAAACCUCGAGCAGUGCGAAAUCAACUGGAAAUAGGUUCAAAGGAAAAUCCAGUGCCGCGAAUGACGCAAUGCAAUCCAAACCGAAUUCACACACUGCAGCUCGUAAAUCCGGCAACGGUGGUCGAGCAAGCACCAGCAGUGCCAAGUUGGAGAAGAACUGCAGUUAUUGCGGUCGCGGACCGCAUCGCGAAGAAGACUGCUGGUUCAAGUACCCAGACAAGCGUCCAAAGUCCGACAACCUCAACAAAAAGAUCUACGCGAUGCUGGAGCGAAUGGCUCUCACUGAGAAUGGGUCACUGCGUGGUGGUGAGCAGUUAAACGAGAAGCGAGCGAACAACUUUCGCAGCAACCUGUUAAACCACAACAUGUGA